UUCGCGGCUUCGAGGCCAACCGCCGAGGAAGACGACUGCAGCGGAGCAGACUGCUGUCUCUUCCAGCAUCAUCAGUCUCCACCACCAUCACUUCUCCUCAGGCUUAACGCACUCAAAGCUGCACUCUGUGGUUUUCUGUCUACUUCACGUCUAACACCUGACACCAGUAUGUCUGACAAGAGUGAGCUGAAAGCUGAGCUGGAGAGGAAGAAACAACGGAUUGCCCAGAUUCGAGAAGAGAAGAAGAGAAAAGAAGAGGAGAAGAAAAAGAAGGAUGGAGAUUCAAAGCGUGGAGCGGAGGCGGGAGUCGGGUCUUCUGUCGGCCAUGAAGACUCUGACCUGGAGAGGAAGAGGAGGGAGGCGGAGGCGCUGCUGCAGAGUGUUGGCAUCACCCCUGACAUACCCCAUGUUCAGCCCCUGAGGGUAGUAACAGAAGAUACAUGUCUGUUUCACUACCUAGUCCCCGCCCCCAUGUCUCCCUCCAACAAAUCAGUGGGCAGCGAUGCAGGAAGCCAGGAUUCUGGGGACGGAAACGCGGGACCAAGGACAUUGCACUGGGAUCCUGACCCCUCUACUCUGCAACUCCACUCCGACUCUGAGCUGAUGGGACGUGGAGCUGUGAGGCUGGGCAUGUCCAAAGUGACACAGGUGGACUUUGUCCCGAAGGAAAUGGUGUCUUACUCCAAAGAAACACAGACACCCACCGAGGCGCUGCUGACACACACUGAUCAAAAAGCAGAUGAGGAGGAUGAUGAGGAGAUAACUGCGCUCCCAUCAGCGGAGGACACCCAGGAGGAGAAAAACGAACAGGGUGAACAGCAGGAGGAGGACACACCCAAGGAGCUGACAGAGGAAGAGAAACUGCAGGUUUUGCAUUCCGAGGAUUUCAUGUCGUUUUUCGAGCGCGGCAGCCGAAUUGUUGAGAGAGCUCUUGCUGAGCAGGUGGAUGUCUGCUUCGACUACAGUGGCAGAGAUCUAGAGGAUAAGGAAGGUGACUUGCAGGCAGGCGCAAAGCUGGUUCUGAACAGGCAGUUUGCAGAUGAGCGCUGGACUAAAAACAGAGUGGUCACCUGUCUGGACUGGUCCCCUCAGUACCCAGAGCUGCUAGUGGCCUCAUAUAACAACAAUGAGGAUGCUCCCCAUGAGCCUGAUGGAGUGGCACUGGUCUGGAACAUGAAAUACAAGAAGGCCACACCCGAGUACAUCUUCCACUGCCAGUCAGAGGUUAUGUCAGCCGGGUUUGCAAAGUUUCACCCCAACCUGGUGGUGGGUGGGACGUACUCCGGACAGAUUGUCUUAUGGGACAACAGGAGCAACAAGCGCACCCCUGUUCAGAGAACCCCGCUGUCUGCAGCUGCACAUACUCACCCACUCUACUGUGUAAAUGUGGUGGGAACCCAGAACGCUAACAACCUGAUCAGCAUUUCCACUGACGGCAAAAUGUGCUCCUGGAGCCUUGACAUGCUCUCGCAGCCACAGGACAGUCUGGAGCUGGUGUUCAAACAGAGCAAGGCAGUGGCUGUCACCUCCAUGGCUUUCCCUCUGGGCGAUGUGAACAACUUUGUGGUGGGGAGCGAGGACGGCUCUGUCUACACCGCCUGUCGCCACGGCAGUAAGGCGGGUAUCACUGAGGUGUUUGAAGGUCACCAUGGUCCGGUGACCGGGCUGAGCUGUCACAGUGCUGGUGGACCUGUUGACUUCUCUCAUCUCUUCAUCUCCUCCUCUUUUGACUGGACCGUCAAACUCUGGAGCACUAAGAGCACCCGUCCGUUGUACUCAUUUGAGGACAGUUGUGAUUAUGUCUAUGAUGCAAUGUGGUCUCCAACACACCCUGCUCUGUUUGCUUGUGUGGACCUAGCUGGACGUCUGGACCUGUGGAACCUCAACAAUGAUACUGAAGUUCCCACCGCCAGUGUGUGUGUGGAGGGAUCUCCAGCGCUGAACCGUGUGAGAUGGGCUCACACUGGAAAAGAGAUUGCCACUGGGGACUCGGAGGGACAGGUGCAGGUCUACGAUGUAGGGGAGCAAAUCUGUGUGCCCAAGGCUGAUGAGUGGACGCGCUUCGUCAGGACGCUGGCUGAGAUCAAUGAGAACCGGGACGAAGCUGAGGAACUGGCCAACGUCUGACGUGACAAACCCCACACUGCCAACUGCUCAUAAAUUUCUCUCCAGUACACUACACACCUAUUGCACACUACACGACACUGCUGGAGGAGCUGUUCUCUCUUCUCUCUGGGUUCCAGCUUUUCCACCUACUACAACUAAAUUGGCCUGAGGAGAUGUGCAGAGCUAGAAUGGAUAGAAAAGACAGUUUUAGACAAUUUUAGAUGUGUUUUUAAAUGUGUCUUUAAGAGUUUUAGAGUACAUUUGUAGGAACAAUGAAUGUCACAUGUAGCAGUAGUAGAAACCACAGUUAAGUGGUUCAAAGUUUAACUGAAAGGAAUACAGGGAAGUGAUUUUCAGAUGGUUGUGGCUGUCCACUCUCUAAACUUCUAGCGUUGAUUACAUCCUCAGGGCUACAGAAACUGCUCUUCUCCUGAGGCCUCAACCAACUCAGCCCUUUUUUUAAAUAUGCAAACCUUUGUACUUGCACCUUUUUAUUACCAUUUUAGUGUUUUUACAUGUUUUAAUAUUUUUCUGGACAUGCUUGUGCACAUGGCUGGCAAAGAGUUUCAACAGAGUGAAAAAAAGAAAAGCUUACAUAUCAAUAUCUUUUCCUCUUUAUCCUCAGCAGCACUUGAAUUUGAUGACUACGACAGAUAAUGUGCUUAAAUAUACACACUGUAUGGCCUGUGCAGAAGUGUGUCACUUACAUUUUAACCACUACAAUAUUUAAUAUUUAUUCUGAUGGUGGCACUUAUUUAAAUAUUUUGUGUAUUGUUUAAAAAUGCUGCUUUGUACUAAAAGCUUGAGUAAUACAUUCCUAAAAUUAGCACAAGCUUUUUACCAAGCAAAAUCCAUUACUAUACAUGCCUUGAAUUUAUUGACACUAGUUACAGUUAAGAAGUGAUGUUUUUCUGUACCAAAGGUUAUUGUUUUAUACUCUGUACCUGUCUAACGACUAGUAGAAAACAGUUUCCUGACUUGUCCUCUUUAGGAGGAUCUAAAUACACUAAAUGAUGUUCUUAACGAAGUUGUAAAGCUGAGUUUGGAAACGAAUUUUUACUUAACUUUCUUUUUCCAUCCAAUUUCUCAUUCCUUCAUGAUGCAGCACUCCAGCCACACCAGGCUGGUGAAAAAUUCAGCUUCAGUGUUUAAAAUGAGCUAAAAUUGCAGUGUAGCAACCAUGUUUGAGAUAACACGACAAAUGUCAGUAUUCUGCAUAGACUAAUUGCACUGUAUACUUCCAUGUUACUGAUACAGUUAAUGGUUGCACUUUUACAUUGGAAUAAAACUCAAGACUUAUUGGUAAAAUUAAACCCAUAUGGAUGAUUUAUUUCAAUAAAAUACAGUGACUGAAUUGCGAUACAUUUAAU